AUGGAGUCAGUAUGGAACAGCACACAAGUCAGCACUGGAAAUGGUACAACCUCCACUCUGACCAUCACACAUAUCAGCACUGGAUUCAGCACAACCUCCACUUGGGCCAGCCCACUGGUCAACACUGAAACCGGCCCAAUCUCCAGUGGGGCCACCACUCCAUCCAGUCCUGGAUUCAGCCCAACCUCCAGUGGGGACACCACUACAUCCAGCCCUGGAUCCAGCCCAAACUCCAAUGGGGCCACCACUCCGUCCACCACUGGAUCCAGCCCAACCUCCAGUGGGGCCAUCUCUCCAUCCAGCACUGGAUCCAGCACAACCUCCAGUGGGGAUAACACUAUAUCCAUCACAGGAUCAAGCCCAACCUCCAGUGGGACCACCACACCAUCCAGACCUGGAUCCGGACCAAACUCCAGUGGAGCGACCACUCCAUCCAGCACUGGAUCCAGCCCAAACUCCAGUGGGGCCAACACUCCAUCCAGCACAGGAUCCGGCCCAACAUCCAGUGGGGCCACCACUCCAUCCACCACUGGAUCCGGCCGAACCUCCAGUGGGGCCAACACUCCAUCCAGCCCAACUUCUAGUGGGGAUACCACUCCAUCCAGAACUGGAUCCAGCCCAAUGUCCAGUGGGGCCACCACUCCAUCCACCAAUGGAUCCGGCCCAACCUCCAGUGGGGCCACCACUCCAUCCACCAAUGGAUCCAGCCCAACCUCCAGUGGGGCCACCAAUCCAUCCACCACUGGAUCCGGAACAACCUCCAGUGGGGCUGCCACUCCAUCUGGACCAACCUCUAGUGGGGCCACUACUCCAUCCAUCACUGGAUCCUGCCCAACCUCCAGUGGGGCCAUCACUCCAUCCACCACUGGAUCUGGCCCAACCUCCAGUGGGACCAACACUCCAUCCAGCACUGGAUCUGGCCCAACCUCCAGUGGGGCCACCACUCCAUCCACCACUGGAUCCGGACCAACAUCCAUUGAGGCCACCACUCCAUCCAGCACUGGAUCCGGCCCAACCUCCAGUGGGGCCGCCACUCCAUCCAGCACUGGACCCGGCCCAACCUCCAGUGGGGCCACAACUCCAUCCAGCCCUGGAUCUGGCCCAACCUCCAGUGGGGCCACAACUCCAUCCAGCACUGGACUCGCUUCCAGGAGUACUGGCACAAGUACUCUGGUGAAUGAACCGAAGCCUGCUGGGUCCCUGAUGCCAUGGGAGAUCUUUCUCAUCACUCUGGUGUCUGUUGUAGCGAUUGUGGUAUUCUUUGCUGGGAUGUUCUUUGGUGUGAGAAAAUCCUUGGCCCGGAGGAAUGUUUUUAACACAGCUGUCUACCGUCCCCAUGGGCCCAGCCUUGAAUCUCCGCUCACCGACACCUUUCCACCUUAG